AGAGGUGUAUCGAAUUAAAUGACGUGUCUAAAAGAAAAGAAAAAAGAAUAAAUAAAUAAAAAGAUAGAUAGACCCUAGUGGUACUUAAAAGGAUUCAAAAGGGUAUCAAUGCCGUUUGAGACCUAGCUAAAGCGCACGCUACUGACGACGACGACACCCAUUAUACAAUCCCCUUUGUGAUCGAGAGAGAGGAUUCAAGGCAAGAAAACCCUAAUUUCCGAAACCACCGUUGGCGGCGGCGGCAAUGGUAAGAUCAUUGUUUUUGGUUGCGUGUUUUUAUAAUGGCGAACAUUGUGGUGCAAUUUAUGAAAUCGAAAUUGGUGACGGAGGAGCUAAAUUCAUCGAUCCUCCGUGUAAAUUGUUUACUUGCUUUGAAGAAAGAUGUAAGUCAGUGGUUGAUUGUGAUCUGAUAGGAUCGGAGAUAUGCUUGAUGGCUUCGUAUAGACCACUGGAUAUGCACAAAUUUAUCCCGUUCGAACCCCUUGUUUUCAAUACAGAUGCCAAAGUGCUCAUGGAGUUGCCAAUGCCAAAAGCAAAAAAACCUUAUCCGAGAGUGAUGGCAGUGCAUGGAAGAGGGUUUUAUGUGCUUGCUUCAGAUACCAUGUGUUCCGGCAUUCUCACAAAAUCCCCUUCGUUUGAACGUUUGGAUCAUCUUAAAGGCGAUUGGGAUUCUUCUGCUAUCCUACCUGAGUACCGUGCGUAGGAAAAUGAAAGCAUGUAUGUCUCGGGUCAAGCAGUCAUCGGUGACAAUAUCCUCAUUUCAGUUGUAAGUUUAUUUUCUAGUAGCCCAGGUGAAUUCUAUUGUUACAAAGUCGGGAGUUCCAUGGAGGAGUGGCAGUUCGUCGAAAAGGAAGAAAAGGGUGUGCCAUAUUACUACUUCGAUGGAAGGGCUGCAUGUGUUGAUGAUUCGGUAUACUUUUUGGCAGAUUGUUGUCUGUUGGUUGCAUAUAGUGUCAGAUUUUCUGGCGAUGGUAUCAUUCAAUCUCUCAGUGCUCCACGGAUAAUUACCCGACUGCAUUCACCAAUGUUUCCAGAAGACAGAUACACCUCAUGUCUUGUUCAUUUGGGAAAUAGAGAAUUUUGUGUGGCGAGGACUGAGUUCGAUUUAAGGUCUCGUAGUAAAGUUCAAUAUGUCACCAUCAUCACCCUGAAAAUUUCUGAGAGCAUGGAACCGGUCAUCUUGAGUUCAGAUGACUGCGCCUUGAAUACGGAUGGCUUAGGUUAUGCACAAUUAACAUCCCUUUGUUUUAACUCCCAGCGGAGUCAAUAUGACUACAAGUCUGAAUGCCAGACAGGUCUUAAGGAUCAGUCUGAGUGCUUUGAGGAUCCCUGUAUCUACACACAUUUGCAGUCAAUGAACAUUGAUCCACCAAAGCUGGAGUCAGUACCUGAGGGCAGUCAACCUGCUGGAAAAAGAGUCGGCAGCUCAACCUCAGUUUCUGGGAAAAGAAAUAAGGAAAUUGCCCUAAUCUAACUGUUCUCCAAAUUUCAAAAUAUUACUUCUGUGGUUGCAUUUAUCCCUGUGACAAAGAAUGAGGUUUUAAUUUUGCUAGGGUGUUUCAUUAUUUAGGAUCAGUAAUUCAUAAUGGGGGAGAAAUUGGAGAUCACCUUAAUCAUUAGAAAUAAAGUGAUAAAUUAAAUGGAGGAGUGCAUCUAGUAUAUUAUGUUAUAAGCGUAUCCCUUUAUGAUUGAAAGGAGAGUUAUAUCGAACAGCUAUUAGACCAGCCAUACUCUAUGGUACCGAAUGUUGGGCACUUAGGAAACAACAUUUUGCAUAAAGUGGGUGUGGCAGAAAUGCGAAUGUUGAGGUGUAUGUGCGUGCAGUAAGAAUAGAAAUGACAGAAUUAGAAAUGAUCACAUUUGGGAGAUGGUUGGAGUAGCACCAAUUGGGGGAUAAAAUGAGAGAAAAUUGGUUACGAUGGUUUGGUGAUGUGCUAAGUAGACCUUUAAGUGCAUUGUUUAGUAAAGGUGACAUAGACCAAAGUUAACAGGGAUAGAGUUAGUAAAGAAAGAUAUGAUAGCAGAUGGAUUGACCGAAACUAUGGCCUUAAUUGGAAAAAGGCUUGGUUGUGGUGGGUGGUGCUUGUUCUUUCUCUCUUCUGGGUAAGAUCGACAUAAACUCACACCCAUUUGCCCCUAGGGGGAUUUGAACCCUCACCUUCCACUUUGGGAGGUAGAGGAGGUACUAUUAGGUUUCAGUCCUUGGUACUUUUGGUGCAAUGCAUAUUAAAUAUCUUUUUUUUACUCCCUUCUUUCAAUCUGUUUGGAAAUUAUUCAUGAGUUGACUUGUUUUUUAUAGUUAUUAUAUGUUGAUCAUGUGGUUAGACGAUCACUCUAUUUCUUUAAAAUAAAACUUAUGUCUCACUGGAAAUAGUUAAUUUAUCACCAAUUCUCAUAACAAUCGCCUAAACUUAUGUUGGUUAUUCACCCUGGAGGGAUAUAUUUAUCCUUGGUGAAGCUGCAGAUUCUUCUCCCAAAUUAUCUUAAACAUCAGCUGAACUUUAGACUUAAAAAAAAUAAUAAUAAUAGAAAUAAUAGGGAUUGGGGACCAAAUACAUAGUAUAAUGUUUUUUUUGUUACUCACAAGUGAUACAUAUUUG